AUGUACUAUAUAAGGUGCUGUUUAAAUCAUUUUUUAAUACUCACAAUUUCUGAAUUCGUCUGCACCACUCUUGGUUUAAAUACACACUUUCGAACGACACCCUUCAUUGAUCAAAGCAAAUUUAAAACGAUGAAGAAAGGACCUAAUCCUGAUGAUGAUGGCAAUCCACAAAAUGAGUGUGAACAUUGUGGCGACGAAUACGAUCCUAAUACUGGUGGUCAGAGUGUCAGUGGGGAUAACAUUUGUGACAAUUGCUGCGAAUCUGAAGCUAACCAAGGCUGA